UUCAUUUUUUUUCAAUGUUUUCGUUUAUGCAUGAAAUAAGCCAUAAGCUGAGUGCAAAUGAAAAAUGUCAUUUUUACUACCAAUCCAGCAUUAAGACAAAAAUGGAGAGAAGAGAGCAAGAAUCUUCUUGGAACCACCACCUUAUUUCCGCCGUAACCACCACCGUUUCUUUUUCCAUUUCCGACAAACUAAUUUCCCAUUUCAUCUCACCCCAAGACAGAGCCGUCACUCAAAAUUUCUCCUUCGAAAAACCGGAAGAAAAUUCACCUACUUUUUCCUUUGCCCUUUAAAAUCUUUCGGUGGGAAACGUGGCAGCGGCUGGGGGGAGAAUUGAAUGACUAUGACGGAGCUGUGUGAUCAUCACUACAGGCGUACAAGACUUGUUUUCGUACAAGCAAAGGGAGAGUCUUGUGUGCGGUGGAUGGUAUGGGGGAAUUGCCUGGUGCUCUGGGGACUACUGGGAGCUUGGGUUUGAGAUUGGGGCAGGCAAUUCUUGCUGUUUCUUCAUUGCUCUUCAUGUGUAUGGGUGUUGACUUCUACAGCUUCACUGCAUAUUGCUUCUUGAUUACGGCUAUGGGCUUGGUGGUUCCAUGGAGCUCAACAUUGGCACUUGUGGAUGCAUUCUCUAUUUGCGUCAAACAUCCAGUUCGUCCACCUGGGAUACUUUCAAUUGUCAUCGUUGGAGAUUGGGUUCUUUCACUUUUGUCCCUGGCUGCUUCUACCUCGGCUGCUAGCGUGACUGAGCUUUUGCUUUCGUCUAGAGACCCUUUCUGCAUGGGAAAUAUGUGCAUUAGAUAUCAACUGGCUGCUGCUAUGGCUUUCUUGUCCUGGUGUCUGCUGUUCUCCUCGCUGCUCUUCAAUCUCUGGCUUCUUCCUUCUGUGUAGUUCAUCUGUACGCCCAAUUUAUGCCAUUGGGCUUGUGUAGAAGUGAUUGGGAAAUCCUGAGAAGAUUGUGUAUUGCAUGCAUCUCUUUAGUAUCCCAAUUGUAUAGCUAACAUGCUCUUGCCCCAUGAAACUUUGUAAUAAAUAAGGCAAAAGUGGAAGUGAAUUAGACUGCAAAUGCACUUAUUAUGCGAUCUGUUACUUUU